UCCCUAAACGCACGUAGCUCUCCAGGUUUUCCCCCAACACCAAUCCACUCUUACCCUCUCCAUGGUCCCCGUGACAUUUUUCCAAUACAACACUUAAUUGGGCAACUGAGAUUCUUCACGUGCGUGGUUGAUUUGUAGUUUGAACACGUGGCUCAUUCAAAUUAGCCGGAAUAUCCGUUUUUUUUUUGCUUACCUCUUCUCUUUCUUGGUUUCUAUUCAGAGGCGGGUGCGAACCUUAACGUGUGACAUUCUCUAGGCCAAGGGGGUUUGAUGAAGACAAAAAAGUAGUUAUUUCCUUUUCACCCAGCCCGCCAUCGUUUUUGAGAGAAGGAAUAAAUAAUAUUUUUUUUGUGCGCAAUAGAGGGGCGAGGAAGCGCAAACACCGACGAGGUAGCCCGUCAAAUAUAUCUGUGGCUCGAACGACCGGGGGAAGCACGCCGCCACCACCACUCGGUUUAGUAGUAAGGCGAUUUUGGCGACUCCAAACACUGCACACCCGAGAUAUUAAAUAACGGUUAACCUUCUGAGUAAAGGUUGUCCAUUUCAGCGCAGAACAUGAAUAAGCUGUACAUUGGAAACGUGAGUGAAGAGGCGAGUGCGGAGGACUUGGAAACUAUAUUUGAGCAGUGGAAGAUUCCGCACAGUGGUCCGUUUCUCGUCAAAACUGGUUAUGCGUUCGUGGAUUGCCCCGAUGAAAAGAUAGCAAUGAAGGCCAUCGACAUUCUUUCAGGUAAAGUUGACCUACAUGGAAAACUCCUAGAGGUGGAGCACUCUGUCCCUAAACGUCAAAGGAGCUGUAAGCUGCAGAUCAGGAACAUCCCGCCUCAUAUGCAGUGGGAGGUUCUGGAUGGCAUGUUGGCCCAAUAUGGCACAGUGGAGAACUGCGAGCAAGUAAAUACAGACACAGACACUGCAGUGGUCAACGUCAGAUACGGUGCUAAGGACCAGGCUAGACAGGCGAUGGAGAAGCUGAAUGGCUUCCUGAUGGAGAACUUUGCCCUGAAGGUGUCGUACAUCCCCGACGAGAUGGCCACCGCUGACGUCCCAUCCGUGGGAGGGGGUAGGAGGGGCUUUGUCCCCCGUGGCCCUCCCCGCUCAGGUUCUCCGGGCCUGGGGGCGCGCCCCAAACUGCAGUCGGAAGUCCCCUUGCGGAUACUCGUCCCAACGCAGUUCGUAGGAGCCAUCAUCGGCAAGGAGGGAGCCACCAUUCGCAACAUCACCAAACAGACACACUCAAAGAUCGACAUCCACAGGAAGGAGAAUGCGGGAGCGGCAGAGAAGCCCAUCACGGUCCACUCCACCCCAGAGGGCUGCUCCAAUGCCUGCAGAACCAUCAUGGAGAUCAUGCAAAAGGAGGCCCUCGACACCAAGUUUACCGAGGAGAUUCCACUGAAGAUUCUGGCUCACAACAACUUUGUGGGCCGACUGAUCGGGAAGGAAGGACGGAACCUAAAAAAGAUUGAAGUGGACACAGAGACCAAGAUCACCAUCUCCCCUCUCCAGGACCUGACCCUGUACAACCCUGAGAGGACCAUCACAGUGAAGGGUUCUAUCGAGGCGUGCUCCCGCGCUGAGGAGGAAGUCAUGAAGAAGGUCAGGGAGUCGUAUGAGAACGACGUGGCCGCUAUGAAUCUCCAGUCUAACCUGAUUCCAGGACUCAACCUGAAUGCUUUGGGUUUGUUCCCUGGUGGUGCUCCAGGUAUGUGCCCCUCCAUGGGACACAACGUCCCACCUCCCGGUGCCCAGGGUGGCUACUCCUCAUUCGGGAGCAGUUUCUUCGGGGGUGAAGGGCCAUUUUGGGCGUCUGUGCUGUCGGCGAGCAGCCAGCCCGUCUCUAGCCAGGGGCAGCCGGAGUCGGAGACAGUCCAUCUGUUCAUCCCGGCGCUGGCGGUCGGAGCAAUCAUCGGAAAACAGGGUCAACACAUCAAGCAGCUGUCGCGCUAUGCCGGAGCCUCCAUCAAGAUCAGUGCAGAUGAAGUCAGUGUCGUAGAUGCAAACCAGGUAGCCCCUCCAGAAGGUAUGGACACCAAGCAGAGGAUGGUGAUCAUUGCUGGACCACCAGAGGCCCAGUUCAAGGCUCAGGGUCGUAUCUUUGGGAAGCUAAAGGAGGAGAACUUCUUUGGCCCGAAGGAGGAGGUAAAGCUAGAGGCUCACAUCAAGGUGCCCUCUUUUGCCGCUGGACGCGUCAUCGGCAAGGGAGGCAAAACGGUGAAUGAGUUGCAGAACUUGACAAGUGCUGAGGUGGUGGUCCCCAGAGACCAGACACCUGACGAGAACGACCAGGUCAUUGUCAAAAUCACUGGACACUUCUAUGCAAGCCAGCUGGCCCAGAGGAAGAUCCAGGAGAUAUUGUCCCAGGUGAGACGGCAACAGCAGCCCAAACCCUCACCCCGUGGGGAGGGACCCCCCCUCCCCCGCCCCUCCCGGAAGUAGAAGGUGGCCCAGGGGGGGGCCAGUGACAGAACCGCCCCCGAAGACAGACUAGAGCAGAGACCGGAGGGGAAACACAGGCAGGGACAAUGCGCUCAUCUCAGGGGUUAAGGGUCACGGGUACCCAACUGUACACCCCCACUCUCGACGACCUCCUCGACCUUACACACCCACCCCCACUUUCGACGACCACCUUGACCUUACACCCCCCCCUCGACGAGCUCCUUGACCGACACUACCCCCUUUCUCAACGAUAUCCUUGACCGACACUACCCCCACCCCCUUUCUCAACGAUAUCCUUGACCGACACUACCCCCACCCCCCUUCUCAACGAUAUCCUUGACCGACACUACCCCCACCCCCCUUCUCAACGAUAUCCUUGACCGACACUACCCCCACCCCCCUUCUCAACGAUAUCCUUGACCGACACUACCCCCACCCCCCUUCUCAACGAUAUCCUUGACCGACACUACCCCCACCCCCCUUCUCAACGAUAUCCUUGACCGACACUACCCCCACCCCCCUUCUCAACGAUAUCCUUGACCAACACUACCCCCACCCCCCUUCUCGAUGAGCUCCUUGACCGACACUACCCCCUUUCUCAACGAUAUCCUUGACCGACACUACCCCCACCCCCCUUCUCGACGAGCUCCUUGACCGACACUACCCCCUUUCUCAACGAUAUCCUUGACCGACACUACCCCCCCCCUCCCCCAGGCCGACACCACAGCGUGGAUAAGAGACCAUACACCCCCCCAACCCAUCGCCACACCUGUCUGCAUCUCUGUGAGAAUGUACUUGAGGGUUCCAACGUUGUCACACACCCUCACCCCCUGCUCACCCUCGCCUCGGUCCUGAUUGGUUCCUUAUUUGUUUUAAUGUUUUAUUUUUUUUGGUACACUAGAAAACACAAAGAAGAAAUAAUAAUGAACUCCCUCCUGUCACCUCCCUGGUGUGGUAACACACUCAACCACCUCACAUGUUGAUGACGGCUGUUAAUUUUGACUUUUGUUUUUACCUUUUUAUUUUACCUUUUUGUUUUUGCCCUGGAUGAAGUGUUUGUUUAGUUGGUUGAAACUUUCUCUCCCGAGUUUUCUUUGGAAAGAAAAAGGCAUUGCUCUGAGUCCUUGUAGGAUGGAGAAAGGUUAGGGGGAGGGGCUCGGGGUAAUACUCUGGUGUUUGAUUGGACAGGGGCCCCGGUGGUGGUCUAACAGGGCACCCCUGUCCUGCUAUUGAUAGUGGCAUUUUAUAAAUUCGGAUGCAUUUUAUAGAUAUAUAAAAUAUAUUUAGAGGCGAGGAUAACACUGUCAUUAACACUUAAGGGACGUGUUGAAUGGUGUUGGCCAGGAAAACCAAUUUAAUAUGCAUUGUACUGAACUACCUCAGGAUCUCUAGUACCUCAAGAAGAUGAAGAGAAAAAGAAAAUAAUUAUAUAUAUGAAAAAAAUGUUCCUUUCUUUUUUAUUUUGCUUUGUGGUAUUUUGUAUACUUUAUAAAGCUAAUAGUUAUUGAACAUUUUUAUUUUUUUAAGAAAAUUUAAAAUUUGGUCAGCUGCCAACUGACCUUGCCUUCAACUCUAGCGCUCUCCGGCGGCGGCAACGUGUACAAUGUGUCUGUCGACGGUGGCCCUGUUCAUAAAGUCUCUGUACAUAGAGCCCAGGGCAGAGUUGGCACCAAACUGUUGGCUGCUGACGGGAGUAUCGAGAGAAGAAAUUGCCUCAGUUUUCCUGAGGUGUAUCCACCAUCUAAUGAAAACUACAAACAACGAAUAUAUUCGAGUAAUGCUGAAUAAUGCCAACCGUACAUACUGCAGCAAUGCCGUUUAGUUUUGGGAUUCUGACAUUGACGGUACGUUACAUUUUUCACACAAUGAUUUUUCCUUUUGCCUUCCUGGAAGUGCAAUGGGUAGCACACAAAUGGAGGGGCCUGAACACUGAGUUCUCUCUCUGUAGCCGCCAUAGAAAUGGACAUGUUAGAGCAGCACUGUCUGUUCUCGGUUGUAUUUCUGUUACCUGCUUUAUUACAUCAUCCUAGUCUCAAAUGGCACCCCAUUUCCCUUAUAGUGCUCCAAGUUGUACACUACAUGGGAAAUAGGGUGCCAUUUGGAAGUCAUCCCAGGUUUGUGACAGGCUGAAGUGCAGUCCACAGCCUGACUAGGGUUUUUUCAUAGAGGGAGCUUGGCCAUGUGCGGUGGCCCCAGUAGCCGCAGUCGGUCUACAUUAGUGUCAUUCACUGCAUGGUGAAAGUAAGGGGAGUCACACUGAUGGAUGCUUAUUUUGCUAUAGAAACUACGUUAACUAAAGGUUGCGUUUGUUUAACCAGCAGCUGUAAUCUUGAUUGAAGUGAGAAGUUUCAAUUGUUAUUCAUCACAAAAAUCCAAGAUGCACACAAGAAAAUGUACUAAAUUUACCUUGAUUGGGAUGGGAAAGAUUAGUUAAAAAAACAAACGAUAAUGAAAUACUAUACCAAGUUUAUCCCUUUUUUUUUUUUCAUGCAGAAUGUAAAUAUGUUUUGAUUGUGGUAAGUGCUCGUGUGUAUCCAUGCUUCCACAGUAGAACGCUGUCUACCUCAGCUGAGGGGGGUUUGUGGUGGCACGCGCCCUCACCCCGCCUAGCGCCCACGCGCUCGCUGCGAUACCUCAGUCCCCCCAGGAACACUUCUCUGCAUGGGCUUGUGCGUGCUCACGCGGUUCAACCUCGCGCUGAUGUCCACGAGGGGCACAAGUGACGAUUAUUAUUCCCCCUCCCUUUCUCCACCCGUUUUUUUUUUAUCUACCUCUUUAGAUACAUUUGAAUUAGAGGCAAACUUCUAUUUGUUAGAUUUAGGGUUAUUCUCCCACUGUCUCCCUUCUGAUUUCCCAGAUAUUAAUGAAAAUAAAUAAAUCAUGUACUCUUUAGAAUUUGAACGAAUAAUGGAAAAGUUAUCAGAUAUUUCCUUUGCCAGUGUUUAUAUAUAUAUUUAUAUAUAUAAUACUCUUCUAGCUUAAUUGAUUGUAAAUCCUCAAGAUUUUGCUUUUCUUUCUGCUUUUCUUUUUGAUGGUGUGGCUUCCAUGUAAUUGAACUUUCUUGCCUGGGUUUUUCGUGAAAAAAAGGUCAAAUUCACCGGUUUGAAGUUUUUGGAUUCAAUGACUGGACGAUAAGUAACAAACAAAUGUUUAAAAAAAGGACCUGCCUUUGUUUCUGGUUUGAGACUAAAAAUAAAUACUAAGCCAGUCUUCUUUCUUACCUUUUUAUGUCUUUACGGAUGCUACAUUGGCCUGCUGAUUUGAUAACGAUUUGUUCGGUUAGCAUUUCCUGGAUGUGUAAUGUGGAAAAUCAUGUUUGUGUGGGAAAGAGGGACUGGGUUUGGGUGUCAGUUUUUGGAAAAGUGUUCUGGUUUAAGCAUGAUACCCCCCCCUUCCUGCGACCAUGCUUCUGCCCCUUCACCCCCUCACAGCUCAACUUGUCAAAUGCCUCUGAAUAAAUCAAAAAAAUGAAAUUG